UAGACAGGCCAAAACGUGUGGUGCGCUCAGGGUGGGAUUUUUCCAUUUUCUUCAGGAAACAAGCCUUUCUGUGAAGAAAAUCUACCUCUCUUCGGCUUGAACAUUUAAAAUAAACCAGGAGGAUAGCAAAAAACCAGGAGGAUUCAUUUUCAUUGUUGACCUGGAGUUGUUUCUUUGGGAUGGCUGAGGCUGUAGGUGACAAUGAGGAGAUGGAGUUUGAGCAUUACACUCCAAACCAUCCCCUCCCUGAGGAGAUUCGGCAGAUGAAGAGAGAUGACACCGUGUGUCGGUAUUGUGGGGUCAGCUACCUUAUUCAUAAUGAGAUCAAGGCUCUAGAAAAGAAGCUUAAAGAGGUGGAAAAUGAGCUGGAACAUUACAGGGGUAGUGUGGAGAGGGAGAGAGGCCUAAAGCAGAGGGUGGAGGACCUAGAGAAGCAAGAGACAGACCUGAGGCAGGCAUUAACUGCUAAAGAUGGCGUCAUUUCAACUUUACAAUCUGAUGUAAAGUCCAGAGAAGAGAUGAUCAAAAAAAUGUGCUCCACAAACAAAGAUCUUGAGCAGAAACUGUCAGAGACUAUUGGAACAAAGGAAAUGCUUCGGAUGAAGUUAGACAUUUGUAAGUCCAGGUUACCAUCUGUUUUAUCAGAGGUAAAGCAUCAGAGAAAAUGUCUGAGUGAAUUACAAACCCUGGUCCAGCUGGAGUAUAAGACUGUACUGGACAAGGCAUCAGACAAGCUGAUUUCAGAGCUCAGACAGAAGGAGAAACUCAACACACAGAUUUAUGAAUCAAAACUGGCAGAGCUACAGACUGAGAAAUUAGACAUGGAAAACCGCACAAAGCACUCAGAAGAGUCCUCCAGAGAGCAGACGGAGGAAUUGAUCAGGCGGUGUGAAGAGCUGCAGCAAGCACUUGACCAAAAAACAGCAGAAAUGGAGAAGUCUGUUUCCAGUUUGCGCAUGUUGACCCUAGAGGUGGAACAGUUUAAGGAUAAUGUCAAAGUGAAAAAUCAGGACAUUGAAAAUCUGAAUGCACAGCUGCGACAGAAUACUUCCAGCCACGAACAGGCAGUUAAGAGGUUGCAUGGGGAAUUAGAACAGAGACAAAAAGAUCUGCAAGUCAGUCAGAAACAGUUCAAAGAUCUGUCCAAUCAAUUGCAGGAACAUCAGAACCUUGAGAAGGAAAUACAGCGGAGGGCGUCAAUAUCUAUAAGUCAGACACAAGAACUCAAAGGGCGAUAUGAUAGAGCCCAGAUGGACUUGGAGGCCUUGAAAGCAGAAAGGGAACUAAUGAUAGAGGCUCACCAAAACAGAAUAUCUGAACUCAAGGAGAGUUUUAAGAAUAAAAUGUUUGAGGCCGAAAAAUGGCCAGAGAAGUUGGAAGCUGCUCUGAAGAAAGAAAGGGAGAGGCACAAUUCAGAUAUGACAGCUUUGGAGGAGAAGUUAAAGGAAAACUUUAUUCUGGAAAUGCAGAUUGAGAAACAGAAACACAGAGAACUUCUACAGGAAUAUUUAGAAAAGUACAAAGAGAAAGAAAACAAGUACAAAGUUCAGAUAGGGGACCUGGAAUCUCAGCUGAGGUCGGCAGGAGCAGAUCAUCAAAAACUGUUGGAUGACCUUAAAAACAGAGCGGCUGAGACAGAAACCAAACUGAGGAAGGAAAUAGAAAAUCUCAAAUCCAUCAUACGCGACUUGGAGGAGAGACUUGCCAAAGCUGGGACAGGAGGUGAAGAUAAGGUGUUGUCAUUGAAGGAGGAGCUAUUGGAUACAAAGGAUAGCUUACUGAAUUAUCAACAGGAAGUCAAAGCUGUGCAACAACAACUUGACAGUAAAUCACAAGAAGUAGGUCCAUGGUGUUGUUUUUUACAAGAGACGGUGAGGAAAGAGUGUGAGGAGAGGUUUGAGUUGACUGAAGCUCUGAGUGAGGGCCAGAGAGCAGCUCCUGGCCCUCAGAAGACUCCAGGUGAGUCUCUACUUCUACAUAGGCCCAGUAAGCAAUCUGCAGGCAGUGUGACGCCAUCCAAUCAUAGAAACGGUACAGCUAACCUAUCAGGAAGGAGCAGCCAGAAUUUUGGUCUGAUUGGCUCUCCAGAUAGAUUCAGAAAAUUGGCAACGGGUGGCCUUGAUGUAACCUCCACUAACAUCAACAUGGAGUUUGAGAAAAGCCCAGCCAAGCCAUCAGGUAAACUGAAGGGGAAAAGCAUUGCAGAGAACAGGAGAAGAAUCACAAUGUUAUUGGGGAAAAAGUGAUGCCAAUUUUCAGUCAUUUAUUUUUAUCGUGAAGAUCACCUGGGAUGAAUAUAUUUGUCCUACAUGUAGGUGAGUAUGCUUUACAUUUUGAGAAUGGAGGAGAAAUCACACCAUCUAGCAGAAGUCCAGGCUUUUCCUAAAUUUGUGGUUCUCUGGACAAGACUGCUUGUGACCAACAUGGCAUUACGCAUGGAUUCAUGGCAUGACUUUGGCUGGCAUAAUGUAUUGAUUCAUGGCGUGAUGAAAAAUGUGAUGCGAUGAUGUGAUAUGCGCAGUCACAUGAUUGUGUACAUAUAGUUACAUGCAUAUGAAUGCGUGUGCAUGUGUAUACUUGGCCUUAUAAUGAAGAGAAUUGCAUGUACAUAAGCCAGCAUUUUAUCACAUACUGUACAGUAUUUGUUCAUCUUCUGUGAUACUCAUUACUGCCUAGAGGACUGGAAGGAAAUGUGAGAAAGACUAUUGUACAUUAAUGUGGAUAACUCUGGAUUCAGCCCCCUUGACUAAGGAUGUUUCACUCUGUUUUAGAUGAGGUGUUUGCCAUCUUUGAUGUUUUCAGAUUCAUAUUGAGCACACUUCCAGCACUUCAUGUAUGCGUGGGUUGUCCAGCAAGCCUGGAAAGUAGGAAAAAAAAUCAAGUUG